AAAUAAAUGUUCUGACCUGUAAGACAUGUUCUGGUACAAAAAAGUAAAGUCUGUCAUCUGAGAACAAGAAGCCAGAUUUUCUGAGAUCCAGUGCUCCUGGUAUCCUAAAUGACAAGAAUUAAGGAGUCCAGGGAAUGCUGGGGACAUCUGCUGAUAAGAGGCUAUUGAAUGUCACUGCAUGACUGAUAAGAACUAUAACAUCCCAUUGUGAGAUGCUCCGCCCAGAGGGAGGAGCCAAGCAUUGCUACCCAGAUAUAAACUGGAGGUUCUGAAACACCAGCACAACUUUCUCCACUGGAUUCCCCUGAGGAGCAGCAGCUGCUUCUAUUCCAUGGAUCUACAGAGGAAGAAUACAUCCUUUCUCUACAGGACCCUCCUGCUCCAACAGAACCACACUGCAGCCACUUUUCAGGAGGACUGCAGCCACUUUUCCAACUGGACUGCUACCAACACCCUGAGCAACAGGGUGUCAGGUUGAGUUCUGACUCUGUCUGAGAAGUUGUUGGAAAGUUUUCUGCAGCCUGAAUUGAUAGAGAGCCUUGUAAAAAGGACACCCCUAUUUUACACCCAAGGAAUAUUGCCUAAUAGGUAUUAAUCUGAAGAAAUAUAUUUUACGAUAAAGUUUUUGACAGACUACCAACCUUCUGAACACCCAGAGAACAUUUAAUUUUUGUCUGAUCAGAAGCACCUAAUGUCACUGCACAUGCUACAAUGGAAACUGUAAGACAAAUACAAAGUUUUGGCAUCUGUGUUACCUGUAUACAUCCUGUAGCAUCUGGUGUGGUGUUUGCCACUCUUCUAGUUUCUUGCUGCUCAUCUCUGAACAUAAGAGCUCGUCCACUUGUUUCUAAUUCACCUUUCCUCUCUAUCUGGAAUGCUCCUACAGAACUUUGUACUGAAAGGACAGGAGUGCAGCUGGACAUGAAUUUUUUUCCUUUAAUUGGAAGUACACUAAAGACCUCCAUUGGACAAAACAUCACUCUCUUCUAUCCAGACAGGCUUGGAUACUACCCUUACAAAAAUGAAGUCACAGGAGAGGCAUUCAAUGGAGGACUCCCUCAACUCUCGCUGUUGGAGAAUCAUUUAAAAAAAGCCAAAGAGGACAUCCAGUUCUACAUUCCUUCAGAUGAACAGCUUGGAUUGGCUGUCAUUGACUGGGAAAACUGGAGACCUGUGUGGAUAAGGAACUGGGGAUCAAAAGAUAUUUACAGACAGGAAUCCAUUGAGCUAGUUCAGCAGAGAGACCUCAGUCUAUCCAAAGCUGAAGCCAGAACUAUAGCUAAAAUGGAAUUUGAAUUUGCAGCAAAAUCCUUUAUGUUGGAAACUUUGAAGCUGGGCAUAGAAACGAAACCAAAUCGUCUGUGGGGAUAUUACCUUUAUCCAGACUGUUAUAACUAUGAUUACAAACAAAACCCACACAAUUAUACAGGAGCCUGUUUAGAUAUUGAAAUAGAAAGAAAUAAUGAGCUUAACUGGUUGUGGGAGAAAAGCACAGCACUUUAUCCAUCUAUCUAUCUAGAGACAGCCUUAAAAUCUUCCAGAAAUGCUCAACUCUUUGUUCGCAACAGAGUUCAGGAAGCCAUUAGAACUUCCUAUGUCUCCAACUCUAGCCAUCCCCUUCCAGUUUUUGUAUAUACACGUCCAGUAUUCACAGAUGCCUAUGAGGAAUAUCUCUCUGAGGAUGACCUGGUAAAUACCAUUGGAGAAUCUGCUGCGCUGGGUGCUUCUGGAAUUGUGAUCUGGGGUGACAUGAAUUUAACACAAAAUAAGAACACCUGUAGAACUCUGGACAACUACCUUAGGAGGACUUUGACCCCAUACCUCAUCAACGUCACAAUGGCAGCCAGAAUAUGUAGCCAAGUGCUAUGCCAAGACUCUGGUGCUUGUGCACGGAAAAAAUGGAAUUCCAGUGACUAUCUUCACUUGAACCCUGAGAAUAUUGCAAUUCAAAUGACAAAGGAUGGAAAAUACACUUUGCAAGGGCAGCCAUCAUAUCAGGAUCUGCAAACAUUCAUAGAAAAAUUUGAAUGCCAUUGUUAUGCAGGGCACAGCUGUGAACCUCGAGCUGAUAUAAAUGACAUCCAUUACCUCCAUGCUUGCAUUUCAGAAGAUAUUUGCAUUCAGAUAUCCUCAAAUUCACUUUCUAACGUAGAAGCCUCUGAAGAAAAGAUCCUGUCUAACAGAACUGCAUUUUCAUUUACCUCUGAGAGUAAGGUGACAUUAUCUACACAUCCUGAAGUAGAAGAUUUCCAAUCUACCUUUGGAAAUAAUAUACUUAAUAUAACAACCGCAGAAUAUAACAUUGUUACAGCUGCCAGUAGCUAUGAUUUAAAAGAAAAUGAUACUCGUACUGUCAGUAGUUCUUCAUCCUAUAAGAUUAGGAUGUUUAGUCUGUUUCACUUAAUUCUCCUUUGGAGAACCUUAAUACAAAUGAUCCAUGAAAGUGGGAAUAUCCUUUUCCUUGACUAUAUUUGAAAUUCUCAAGGUUUUUUUUUACAAAACAAAUGAACGAAAUAAUUCCUGAAAGGCUUAUGGUCUUAUCUGUGUCAGGUAACCUUUUCAAACCCACUUCAGCUUGAAUGUAUUUCCUCAGUUUAGUUCUAUAAACUACUAUCUGUGCCAAAGAGAUAUUGGUCUAUAUUUACUGACUAGGCUAUAUGAGAGGAUAAUCCAGAAUAAGAAACAUUUUUUUACAGUUUACAUUUUUAACCAUUAUAUUUGGAAAAAAGUAAUGGUUGACAAUGCACUUUGUGUACUUCACAUUGAGACAGUUAUAUAUAUAAUACAUAAAAUAAGUCGUCAGGCUUGAUGUUCUAUGCAAGAAUUAAUUUCAUUCCAUAUGAAUGGAAUUAUCUCUUAAAAUAUUUGGCUUAACUUUAGAUCUGUGGAGCUUUGCAGCAUAAAAUUUAUCUGAUUAAUGUAAUGUUCCUCCACUUUUCACAAAACCUUUAGGGAUAUUGUAGCAUUUAUUUUAGUUAAAUAUAUUUGUAACUCUUCAAAAGGUUCUAAUUUCAGUGUCAAUGUUGACUUUGAAUAUUACAGCUUCUUUAUUUAAAAACUGAGCUGCAGCAGUUUAUCCUUUCUUCUCACAAACCCUCCCCCUAAUUUCAGAUGUCCCUUUCUUGGUUUCCAGUUGUUUUGUCUUGCCAAUACUCACAACUCAUCUGCUCUGCCUGUGCAUUCCCUGCAGGACAGGUCACCAGUCCUAGUUUCUCCAUCCAGCCAUUCCUAGGAAUUGGAUAGUGCUGUAUGUGCCAUUUGGACAAAAGUCUGUGCAUGGGACUGUAUGCCUUGUUAUUCCUGAGGAGUCUCUUUGGUGAAAACCAUUUUGCUCCUUAGGAAAACCCAGCAGUGGAGGCAGAAAGAUAAGUGUCACUGGAGACCUGAGACAAUCUCAGGACCACCCUUCUGAUUCAGUUUGCUGACAAAACUGAAAGUAUUUUCUUAAUACUAUUCCAUUGCCAAAAGCAGUGUGAAAGUAGCAGAGAUACCUCAGAAGAAAACUACUCCCGGUAUUGUAUCAGGAGUCUAGUUAUGAUUAGCAUAUAGUCAGUUUAAGCAUUUAGAAGCAAUUAGCUGCAGUUUAUUUGAUAAAAUAACCUUUUCAAAUUAUUAUGUCAGAUGCUUAAUAGACAGUUGGCCUUCCAAUGGGUGAAGAGUGGCUGCUGGCAUGGAUAUAUUAAAAAUCUCUUAGAGUCAGGCAUGAUCUGCAUAAAUAAUUCACCACCUCUCAUAGAUAUAGCCUGCCUCACUAAUGAAAAUAACCAGGACUUCAAUAUAGUGGCCAUUUACUUAUAAAAAGUUCAUUCUUUAAUCUAGCAGAAAACACAUAUUAUUAUAUCCAUUUUCUUUGAAUUUUCAGGUUGUUGGUCAUAACAGAGAUGCAGAAAAAUAGAUGAAGCCUUUAGAAUUAACAUGGAGGAAUAAUGUUUUAUGGCUUUUGAGCAGCAAGUUAUCAAGAGGAAGUAGCAAUUUUCUCAUCCCAGUUACAGUGAUAAGUCCACGAGUCAAAGCUGUUUCUGCCAUUAAUAUUCCAAGUGGAAUCAUGAAUAAAAAAAUAUAUAUGCAGAAGACUGUUCAGCACAAAAGAAUCAAUCUGGUUUUUAUCACCUGUGCAAAAGCAUGCUUUUUUCCACUGCAGCUUUGAUAUUGGUUAUUUCAUCUUGGGCAAAGAAAAGGCAUGGUAUCAUAACUCCUGUGCCUGAACUCCCUUUACACUGCACUUGUGGUAACUUUCAAACGGUUUCUAAAAACUGGAAACAUCACUGGUAAUGCCUUAGCAAAACUUGUAUGACAUAUGAAAUUCUAUUUUUUUUACAACACUUUGACAUGGCUAAACUGAAAGAUACUGGAUCUGUAGCACUUUAUGGUAAGACAGCUUGCAGGUUCAAAAAGUCUGCAGGUCUUGCCAUGAAUACUUUUGACUAUCAGCCAGGUAAUAGCAAGCAGAAUAUUUGUGAUGAUUCAAGCAGGAAAUCUCCAAAAAAGGAGGAAUGAGAAGAUAAAAUCACAGAAGAGUUGAAACAGAGCACCCAGGACCUCUCAAUGGAUGCAGAGGAGGUGAACUGCAGAAAUGAAAGAGUGAAGCAGUAGGGAAUGUGGACAGACCAGUCUCUUCCCAUUCAGUAUUUUUAUCCACCUCUUACUUAAUAUUGACAACCUUUCCCCAAGGCUCACUGUAAAGAUAAAGGAAAACACUAACUGAUAUAUUAGACCUAUUUAUCCAAUCCCAUACCUUUUUUUUCUUGAGAAGAGCCAGGACCAGGAAAGUAAAAGGAAGAUGAGAGGAAAGCAAUCUAUUGCAAUGAACUGUGCCUUCCUAAGCUGCAUGUGUAAGUAGCUAUCUACCUUGUGCUCUGAUGCACAAUGCUUUGCCAACCACCUUUCAAAUGUUCAUUCAGGACUAUUUAUGUUACCUACAUGUAUCUGCAAUUCAUGCUUUAAAUCCUAUAGACUUCAGGAUCUAGGCCUGCUAUGUGUUAAAUGACAGUAUUUUCCAAGUGUAUUAUUUUUUUGUUAUUAUAUUUGUCUUACCUAUAUUCUAUGAUAAAGAGCCAUCAUGGAGUCAGUGAGUCUCCAUGGAGUAAAACGAAAAAAGAAGGAAAGGGGUGUUAUCUAUGGCUUACAUUGCUGGUGACUGUCAUAUGUUCAAAGCCAAAUUUAUUUUCUAAAGUGGACCCUUUUCCAAAGAGAUUUUUUUCUAUUCACUGUAUUGCCUGUAAUCAUAAGUUAGCCUUAUAGUUUUAAUUUCUUGCAUUCUUGUAAUUUUGAAAAGAUUAAACACUAGAGAAACAGUUCACUUUGAUUGCCAUUCAUUAUUUUGUAUUUCUCUUUUCUAGAGAAACCUCAGGCUGGCAAUGCUUAGGGACAGGAAAAUACAAAGUGGGUUUGAUGAAAGGAUCUGUUUAAGUGAAAUCUGUUAAUAAUACCCUCCUUUGAUGUUUUGACAUUCUGUUAGAAUUUUAAUUGAAAUUCUAUCUGAAUAAUCUGGAUCUAGUUUCUUGUGUUGCUUAUUCUGGGACAUACCAAGAUAUUCGCACUUCAAACGGAAAUGGCAAUUGGCACUUAAAGAAUCUGAACAGAAUAAAAACGUAGUCUAAUCAUCACCUUA